AUGUGGUUGGGUGGUGGUGUUGAGGUGUGGUUUUGGUGGUGUUGGUAUUUGGUGUGUAUAGGGUGGUGGUGUAUGAGUGAAGGAGGGGGGGUGGGGGUUAAGUGUAUGGUAGAUUUGGAAGGGGAGGUGGUGGUUGGGGGAGGGGGGGAUUUGGGGGUGGGGGGGAGAGGGGGAUUGGGGGGUGUGAGGGGGGGGGGGUGGGGGUGGGGGGGGUGGGGGGGGGUGGGGGUUAGGGGGGGAGGGGGGGGGUCGGGGGUGGGGGAGGGAGGAAAGGGAGUAGGGGGGUGGGUUGGUUUUUGGGUGUGGGGGGGGGGGGGGUGGGGGGGGGGGGGGGGGGGGUUGUUGAUUUUUUGUUUGGGGUUUGAGAGGGAAUUGAGUUUAUGUGGGGGAGUGAGAAGGGGUUGGGAGAGUAUGGAUGGUGGGGUUGUUAUUAGGGGGUAUGGGAAGGAUUGGGUAAUGAAGGGAUGGGUUGAUGUAUAUUUGGAUGGGGGGGUGUUUUUAGGUGUGGAUAAGUUUGGGUGGGGUUGGGUGGGGGAUGAUGGUGGUGGGGGGAAUUUGUGUGUUAUGUUGAAUUGUGAGGAUAGUUUUAUUUGGGGGUUGGAAAGGAUUGUGGGGGGGGGGGAAUGUGGUGUGUUGGGGUGGGGUAGGUUGGGGGUGGGGUGGGGGGUGGAUGGUUUGUUGGGAUAG